AUGCCUUCAAGUGACAGUGAAGAUUUUGAAAGUGCUGACGAGGGCCGGAACAGUCCCAGUAAGAAAGAAAGAAAGAAGCGAUUAUCUUCGUCAAACUAUAGUGACAACUUAGAGUUUGAUCUGGAAACCAAAAAAGACGCUCCUUUGGCAAAAUCUAAUCCCAAAGAUGUAGCGAAAUCUGUGGAUGGUUGGGAUGACUUCGAUAUAAAUGAGGAGGCUGAAUCUUCAACAAAAAACAUAUCAGGAAAGGCAAAUGUUAUAAAAUCAGAUACAAAGCCCACUAGUGUUUUAAACACAAAUGCAAAAAGCGAAAUACAACCUGAAAAAUCACAAGACACAGGUUGGGAUGAUUUUGAUGAUUGGGGAGAUACUGAAACAUCCUGUAAUAUAAAAGAGGAUCAGCUAAAGCCACAGAGUGAAAAGAAACAUUCAAAUAUUAAAGAUGUGACAGAGAGAUUGGCAGCAGCUUCCACAAAAAAUGAAGGUUGGGGAUGGGGUUGGGGUGUAGACUCAAUAUUCAGCACUGCAACUGCUGGAAUCAGUACACUUACCAGUCAAGUUUCACAGGGUAUUUCUACAGUCCUAGAAACAAGCAUUGGUGCACCGGAUCCAGAAGAACUUGCUAGAAAAUCCAAAGAUGUUCAUAGCCAGCAAACUUUGUCUAAAGAACCUAGCAUUGAAAAACCACAGUUCGACAUUUCUAAGAACACUGAUAAUGAAACGUCAUUUCAAUUUGGUAGUCUUAUAUCUGAAGUGACUAAAUUUGUUGAGACGACUGGGACUAAAGUGCUAGCUGGUGGAUUGGACACAUUAGAAACGAUAGGCAAGAAAACUAUGGAAGUUCUUCAAGACGGCGAUCCAGGGCUAGCAAAGAAACGCGCCAUGCUUGGCCUUGAUCCGGCUGAUAAACCGGUGCUGUCUCAAGUUCUGAGAGAAGCAAAGGCAAAGGCAGAGGAAGAAGACAGAAUUAGAGAACAGAAGCGGGAAGCCAAGGAGGUUCAUUAUGAAAGUCUGUUUGAUGAUUUUGAAGGUUUGGUUCAUCUAGAAGCUCUUGAGAUGCUAUCGAGGCAGGUCAGCAUGAGGAUAGAUGAACGGUUGCGAUCAGUAGACCCUAGUAAGCGGCAAGACAUCAAAGAGACUUUACAACAGGUUGCCGAGCUGUGUGAAAUGCCUGAUGAUGAUGAGGAAGAGGAGAUGGAGGAAUCUGGCGAUAUGUCUAAACCUGACGCCUUGCACGAACGCCUAUUGGCGUCAACCCGCGACAUAGGACUGAAAAUGCAGUAUCAACCUCUUAUCAAGCAAUAUACGGAAACCCUGGAGUGGCUGUCAAGUGAUCCCGAUUUAACAGAAAAAGCCAUCUACAAACGUGCAGUGAGCAGCCUCGCUCAAGCGACAGCAUUUUCAGUGGAGGUCUACCACAAAACCGCUGAGAUGUUGCUAGUGAAGCCUAGAAGGUCUACCGCAGACGAGGCUGAUGCCCUAACGCAAAUGACCGUAGUGCUAACGAAACACAUUGGCGAUAUUGCCACGCUGUUCACCGAGAAAUUGAAUUCCAUCACCAGCGAGGACAAGGAACAAGUCAACAGUCACAUCACCAAUAUAUUUUUGGAGGCUGACAACAGUUCCAAAUACAUCCAGAACGCGUUCCAUUUGGCGUUACCUAUCAUACAAAUAGGCGCUGUUUAA